AUGAACACCGUUGCCUUUUGUCUGUUCGCCGUUGUAUCCUGUUUAUCCGUGGAAACGACGUCCAAUUUGCGUUCGCGAUGGAGGAGAUUUCAAGACAGUUAUUUUGUUAUUGGAGCUCUUUUUCCGAUAACGGAAGGUCCAAGAUGCGAUAUUGUAAGAGAAGAAGGUUUGCUUCUUGUGGAAGCUUUCGUGCACACCGUGAACGCGAAGAACAACGAGUCAAAUUUCCGUGGUGGUUCUAUCAUUGGCUACGAUAUUAGAGACACUUGCUCAAUCCCUGCUGUCGCUUUAAGAGAGCUCCUGGACAUACUUGGCAAAAGUGAAGGCUCUUCGUGGAAAAACUGCUCUUUGUCAAAGGCUGGCAAUAGCUGUGGGGUGAUUGCAGUUGUUGGCCCUCAAUCAAGCAAGAGUGCCCUCGCGAUCAGUCCACUAUUGAGCAUGUAUGGAGUACCACAAGUAAGAGAAAUGUAGCCGCUGUAUUUUUGCGUGUUUUUGUUUUUCAUACAGUGUCAGCUUGGCUGUGCUCCAAUUUUAAGUGUUCAGAUAAAAAUUUAAAGCUCUUAGGGGGAAUAGUGUGUCAAAGUUUUCUUUUUUAUAAGUAGAGCUGCGAAUUUCUUUACAUGGAGUGGUUCAUGGUUUAUCAGUUUGACUGAAAGUAAGUGAUAAGUAGGACUUUGCUUUGCUUUUUGGCUUGGCUAAAUUCGAUGUGGACUUAUAUGUAUUUAUUAUUGUGUUCUAGCGUGAUACGUGCUGCAUGCAAGAUUAAUUUGUCACUAACCAUAAAAUUUCAGAAGAACACACGAAAAAGAUCAGCUAACGACAAGAGCACCUUCACAUUGGUGGAGUUUUAUUCAGAUUCUUAGAUAUAAGUAGCGAACCCAAAAUAAAAAGUUUUUGAUCUGUAACGCGUUUAUCCGCCAUGGCGAGGUUUGAGAUAUUUCAUUUAAUAGACUGGCCGUAGGCAGGUGUUGGCGAGAAACAAAAGUAGUAGCAAUUUCAGUCUUUUACAUGCAAGCAAUGAAACAUUUGCAUAGCAUUUUUACUAGAAAACAUCUGUAAAAACAGAAAUUUAAGUUAUGUUGUAGCUUUUAUGAAUUUAUGUUGAAUGUGUUUUAAACUUUUGGCACCUUUUGAAAACGUUUUACUUGGAUUUGGUCAUCCUACUUUCACUUUUACAAGAUAGCUGUUCUUGAGUGGGAGAGUGGGUCACACUACAUGUUAUUUUAAUUUGUUGAUUUCAAAAUGGGAAUUGGAGCAUGCAAGAUGUUACUUUGCACGGUCGCAAUUUUGACGGGCGAGGAAAUAAAACUUGAGGGCAUAAAUGUUUUAGAAAUCAUUUUUUUGCAAGAAGUUUUCUUUUUAAUUUUCGCUUGAAAAAGUCUUAGAUUAUUCCUGCGAAGAGGAUUUUCUCCGAGGCAAUUUUUAAACUACUUAUGAACGGUUUAAUAACCGAUAUAUAUAUGCAUGUUUUUUUUUUUUCAAGAAAAAAUUUGUUGGAAUAAGAAAGGGAGCUAAUGCAAAUCAAACUGAAAUUUCUGGGGCCGCUAUAAAUCAGAACCAUUCACAUAAUAUUUCAUCCAACAAUUCUUCCGGCUCGGAUGAACGAUUAUCCGAUUAUCUCUGAUUAAUAUUUUGAUGAUUUUGUCAGCUAACAAACACGAAAUACAGUCUGCGCAAAUUUAAAUAAUUCGUUCAUUCAGCUACCGCGAAAUGUAUUGCUAGUGCUGUUUUAACAGAUGGAUUUUAUAAUGUAACUCUAUCAAACAAAGAUCGUUUCCAGUGUCGUUUUUCAAAUUUUUCUUUUCUUUUCACUUUGUGGAUUAGCAGAAGCUACACUUUUUUGUGUCAUUACGGCGCUUUUAAGAUGAUAUACUUUUUAAAUCUAACAAGAGAAACUAAUGACUUGUUUUUGGAAGUGCUUAUUUCCAUAAGAUCGGAAGUUUUGGACACCGAGUGCUCCAUACUUAAAAAAAUGUCAUUUUGGUCUGUCUAAUUUAUCAACAAGCCUUUUCUAUUCUAGAAGGGGCGCGACCUUUCUUAUUACCACAUAAGUUGUUUACAGUAGAAAUAGAGGCGUUGAAGUAGUGACGAGUCUUUCUUCCUCUUGGUUAGAUUGCCUAAAGCCAAUUCAGUGUAGGCGGUAGAAGGUUGUUUUCCCCACGUUCCAUGCAAAUAUAUCACGCUAUAACACGCUAAGAACACCCUCCGCCGCGCACGAAAUCGUUGCUCAAUGCUCCCACGAGGGUCUAGAUUUUUUCAUAAUAUAUCGUUUUUUUAUCAUCCUGAAUGAGAAGUAUCGGUUCGCUCUCUCCCUCGUUACAACCAGUUUUCCAAAUUGAUCCUAGCGCUAUUUGUGUCUUGUGCGCGAACGACACGGGUGUAUACAUUUCAACGAAGACCAGUUCUAUACAAUCGGGUCCUUGAAGAACUGAGAGAGAGUAGAAAAAAGAGAUUUUUUUUAAUCCUGAGGCGGGCUAGUCGAGACUAGUAUCACCACCCAGCCUUGGGGAAAGUAUGCGAUCAUACUCUCUGUUCCUCUUUGUGACAAAAGCGUCGAUAAUGUUUGGUGAUCAAAAUUGUGAAAUGUGAAUUUACAAAUGAAAGCUAUGGAACCUUUUUUGCUUUUUAAAGUAUUCCCUUUUCUGCUUUGUCGCCCUUUGUUGCUUUCUCUAAAAUAAUUUUGUGACUUUUAUAUCUAUUUCCAUUUUUAUUAUAAGUAGGCAGUGAAUGAGGAUGUCAUUCAAGUCACGUCUUUCCCGUUUCCUAUUCAUUAAAUAUACCUUCUCUUAUUUUUAAAGAGUCCCGUUGAGAUUGAUUUACAAUACUGCUAUUAAAGAAAGGAAAAAGAAGAAGAAAAUUAAUCGGUGUUUUUUAAAAUAUCAUAAACGAACCGUUGAUUGUGGCUUGAAAAUGUAGUGAGUAAGCUACGGUCAGGUGGCUUUUUUUGUAAUUUAUGAUGUAAAUUUAUCUAAAAAAUUGUGACCAUUAAAGCGAGCGUUGCAAUUUACUUUUGUUUAUUCCAGAGAAGUAGCUAUUACGCUUUGUUGCUCGCGUUGUUGUUGUGUAAGACUAAUUCAAAACGAGAGAAUUUUUUUUUGUCUUUUGGAAAUGAUUUUGAUCCCGUAUGUAAAUGUUAGUAUCAAUCGACCCCUGUCAUACCGAGAGGCCAUUCAAAUGACAAAAAUUAAAAAGCCAAUAACUCAGCUCCCGCCGAGUUUCUUCAUUCGAUGUAAAUGACUUCUCACCAACCUUCCGUUUGCAAUAAUUUACAAUUUAGAGUUUGAGGCAGCCUUAUUUUGUCCUCGUUGACCGCGCUCCAAGCUCGUACGUCCGGGGCUAUUAUUAUUAUCUUUUGUACAACUUUUUGGAUAAAAGCAAUAUGUCUCGUAUCUUUUAACUAAACUCGUUUUCCUACCUGAGCAUGAAUAUGAAAUUGUGUAAAUUGAUUAGAGCCUAGUUUUUAACUUACGUCUUCGAAGCUACCAUAUCACUAUGCACUUGUGGCAACGAGUGCUGCGUGCUUGCUUCCAUGUUACAAUAGUCUCCAUCGUUGGACGUAUUUUUAACGAUCGUAGUCUGUCUAGUUCAUUUUGUUUAAAAUACCAGUUACCCGUCCUUAUUGGCUAUGAAACUACAGAUAUUACCUGUGAAGGACAAAAGCACAGUUUUGUGUCAAACAAAGUAUGUCUCCUAAGCAUCGCGGUAUCAAUCGUUACAAACAACAUCCGCUUCAAUCUUCUUCAAGUUUAUCCAUCCGUGCUUCUUUUUGUAUUUGUUUUGUCAUUUAUACCUUCCUCUAACUUUUUAAGCAGUUAUUUUAAUGUUUCACUCAAUUUGAUGGCAGUUCCCAAGUUUGAAUUUUGAUAAAUUUUGUGACACAGCUCCAGGUUUUUAAACCUGAUUCCAGGGCCAUAGUGUGUCACUCCUUUCAGGGUCUACCAGCAACUAUAAUUAUUAUCAGUAUUUUCAACGAGAACAAUAGUAGACUCAGUUUUUACCGAUACGGCGGCCAUAUUGAAUUAGUUAGAUUUAAGGAGCAUUAUGGGAUGCCCAGGGGGCAUGAGCACAUUCCAAUAUAUUCGCUUAGUAUUAACGCGCGCCUUUCGGGGUAUUUUUUCUUAAAGUUUUCCUAGAGUAAGAUUGUAAUGGGAAAAAAGAUUGUUAUGCAGUGUUUGGAUGUAGUAAUGAUCGCCUUUCCCCCGAGAAAUAUACGGUGAAAGACCAUAUUUCUAAUACCAAGCGAGUAUAACGGAUCGUGCUCCUGACCCCUGGGCAUCUCAUAAUACUCCUUAAAUCGAAUUAAUUCAAUAUGGUCGCCGUAUCGGUAAAAAGGUCUAUUUCUUUAUUGGCAUACGGCUAUGAAGAUAAAAUAAAUGUUACGUGGAAAUGAUUAGUUUAUACCGGCUGUUUAUCACAAUCUGUAUUCUCCAAAUUCUAUAUACGGUUGUGUAAGUACAUGAACUUAUUGAAAGUGACACCGGAACUGUGGUUUUUUAUUCAUUUAUCAGUUCAACAAUUAUAUUGAAAAUGUUUUUUAUCUACACACGGUAUUUUUUGCACUUGUUAAUCCUAACUAUUUUCAUCCUCUCAUUAUCCAAAUAUAUUUAACUCAUGAAAUUAAAUAUAUUUGAACUGUCGAAGAAGGGGAUGUUUUUUCUGUUUGAGAGACUGCAAUUAAGGAACUUAAGAUUUUCUUUAAAAUAUUUUAAACUUUAUGGUGGUGUAUACGCACCACAAUAAAACAAGCUUUAAAAGCGCGUUUUCAAUACUAACAAGUCAUUAAGUCAUUACCCUUAUGGUGGUGUACACAUCAGAUCUUAAUUACUCAAAUUUUUCGGACUCUCGCUUUGAAUGUUUUCAAGAAUUAUUGUUCAUUUGAGAGGCUGUAUCAAACACUCAGCUUUGUGUUUCAUUCGACAUCCUGUCGCCUCAUAAUAUGACCCUACCCGGUUAAACGGCCGACCAAAUUAUCUUGGCUUAUUGUUGGCUGUAUUAAUGGCGUUCUCAGUACUGCAAUUUGAAAAGGACUUGAUGUGCCUUAAAAGACACUUAAAACCUUGAGAAAUUUUCCCUGUCAUUAAUAAGUGUAAGCGUCAUUUAAAUGAUCAUGGUAAUUGUCUUUCCUGUGUUAAAGUGAUCUUAAGGCUGUAAAUCUCCAAAUGUUAAAACGCGCGUUGAUUUUCCUGUCAGCAUGGGUUUAUACGUGUAAAUGGCUUUGGCGUCGUUUGUUUGCAUCUAGAAUAUUCUCUUUUCUUAUUGUUUGAAAGUUAAUGAUGUUUUUUUUCUUUGUAUUCACAUGCGUAUUACUGUUUAGAAAAAAAAAUCAGAAAAAAAAACACUUACAAAACGAGUCGAGCAUGAAAUAACGAAAACGUGUGUUUGUACAAAUGUUUUACCAAUGAACCAGGCCGCUAUUGAUAUCCCCUAAUGUGUACAACAUCACCGAGUCCUCCCCAAAAACCAGGGCAUCUCAUUCACUAAAAUUUAUUCCACUUCAGCCAUCCUGUGACGCGUAUAAAUACAGCUUCUGGCCGAGAACUAACACACACUGGAAUGGUUUGCCAUCUCACUAUUUAACCACAUAUUCAACUGCAAAAUCUAAAACCAUCAUCUCUGACUAUAUUUUUUCACUGUAAUGUUAUUUCUUGUAUUUUUAUUUUUAUUCUUAGUAGUAGCAUUUUAGUUUAUCAAGUAAGGAUCUUACGAGUAUGUCUAUAAUAGAUUUUGCGAGGUAAAAUAUGUACUAACAAUGUUACAAUUUUUAAAAAAGUUUCAGCGCGCACCUAGCCUAACAUUUCCUGUUCUUUCCUCUUUUCUUUGCCCGAUUGACAGAUGAACUCAAUUAUUUCUAAGAGAGGGGCAAUGGGAAACGACACACUGUGAGCAUGCGCUGAGAUUUGUUUCCGUUUUUUACGUUUAUAUUUCGCCACUCUUCAUUGCUCGAACUUGAUGAUAUAAUCAAAAAACUUUUGUCUAGAAAGGAAGAAAAAUUCUUUAAGUAUUUUACUUCAUUUUUAAAUCACAUAUUUCCUGUUUACUCUUCCUCGUUUGAAUGUUAUAUAAUUGAUGUUUUUUACUUUUUCCAAAAUUAAGUGUUUCCUGUUUACUGGUUGGUGUGUUGUGUUUCAAUUUUAUUUUUGUAUCAGUGUCUAUAAAUAAAUGGCAACACAAUAACAGUUUUAUUUGAAAUUACAUGGCUGCAAAGACACCCUGUUUAAUGACUGGUAUCACAUCUGAGAUAAUGGAUAAUUGAAAAGAGAUGUUCUUCUCGACAUGGCUUAUUACUCUUUUUGGUUCCCUUGUUUUGGAUUCUAUGCAAUCGAUUGAUGGUCGAAGUGUUUUGAGGCGAGUGGGGUAAAAGAGAUAAGCUGGAGGAUACUCGGCCUCCCCCCGCUUCUUUACAGUCCCUGUUAAUAGCUAUUUCUAAACUUUUUCAAGACCUUUACUUGCAAAAAGAAAAACUUAUAUAUAAUGAUAAUGAAUUAAUACAUAAAGUUAGUUAAAAAAUCGCGUAAACAUUUGCAAGACUGCGAGUCAUUCGUAGUGAUGACUUUUUCAAGUCCGUUCGCCAAGAACACUUUUCGUAUCCAAAUCGUCUUUGUGUGAAACUUAUUCACUUAUUCAAUCCGAAAAUACCUCGCAAACACAAUUUUAAAUUGUGCGCCGUGUUGGACAAAUCGGAGGCCCCUUCCACACUAGUGUGUUUCUCGUUUUCGUUUGAAAACGCAUAUGUUCACUCCGAUUUUUUAGCUAGUUGUUCAGCACUGUGUUACAGUACUUUUUUUGGAAGCACUAUUGGAUUCCGGUCUUUAAAAACGAGAGAAUCUGGACCGAUUUAGCUUUCGGAAAGUACCUCUGGGACGACUCAGGGACUGUUUCUAGGGACUGAAAAAAAAAAAGUAAAAAAAACAAAUGGAGUACUAAAGUGUGACGUCAUAAAAAUGAAAUUUCCGAAAUCAUGGGAUUUGUCAGGAUAUUCUGAAAGAACAAUGUCCAAGAGGCCUACUUGCCAAAAAUGAGCAUUUCGGGGCAAAUUGUCUCUGAGAGCGUAGCCCAGUUAUGCUUAGAAAACUCCAUACAAACCCUUCUAAAUUUUUUUUGGGUCGACCCCCAAAAAAUUAGAAGGGUUUGUAUAGAGUUGAAUUUCUGGGUAUAACCGGCUAGUAUCUCGCCGACAAUUUGCCCCGAAAUGCUCAUUUUUUUCGUAAGUAGGCCUCUUGGACAUUGUUCUUUUAGAAUAUCCUGACAAAUCCCAUAAUUUCAGAAAUUUCAUUUUUAUGAUGUCAUCACUUUAGUACUCUAUUGCCAAAUACUGACCGGCGCGUCCUUAAUAACGACCCCAGUAACAAGUGCGGGACGGAUUUCGGCUCGAGUUUUCCUUUCGUUUCUAAAGUAGCGAAUUUUGAAGUCUAUGAUAAAUUUUCUGAGUUAAUUUUCUAUUUUUUGCAGGUCAGCUAUGGCGCUUCCAGUUCCCUUCUUAACGACAGUUCCAUGUACAGUACUUUUUUUCGCACCUGCCCCUCCAACAGACAUCUCGCAAUUUCUCUAGCCUCUAUCAUUGCCUACUUUAGAUGGUCCUGUAUCAAUAUAGUUUCCUCUAGAGAAGAGGGUUCGUACCUUGAGAUCGCCCAAGACCUAAAGCAAGAACUUAAGUACUACAACAUAUGUGUCGCGAUCGACGAGGUGGCUGGCUCGUAUGACGAAAUUCCAGGUAUAAUUUUCAAAAUCAAAAGGCGCGCAACUGUAACCGUAAGCGUCCUUUUGGGAAGUGAUGAUUAUGUUGCUCACAUUCUUGACGAGAUCAGGAACAAAAAUCUGACUAAAAGGAUAUGGAUUGGAAUCAACAUACCGCGGAUUGACAAUACAUUUGUAAUCGAUGGCUCACUUUGGAUCUCCACGCCAGCGGAAGACUUGGGCGAACUUGGAAGUUACAUCAAGAAGGUAUCGGUGGACAUUUCAGGAGCAUAUUUUAAAGGGCUUGCGGCCAACAGGUACAGACCUGAAAUUUUUACUCAGAGUAAUUUCCUCUACUUGCAGCGUUUCCCUUGGGAUAAAAUCGUGUAUGUUAUGAACUCAGUUCUUGCGAUUUCUAGUGGACUCGAAAGCGUGAAAACUUGCUGCCAUGGUGAUCCCCAUUGUUCGAACUGCUUGGAGGAAAAUUUUACCUUAUCCUACGCUAGGAAUCUUCUUCUAAGACAAUUGGAGGGGAGUUCUUUUGUUGACAAUCGUGACGUCUAUGUAUCUUUUAAUAAAAAUCGAGAAUUGAAGACAGAAUUCGACAUCUUAAACUUACGCAUCACCGACAAUAGUACUUUAACGUCAUUCCGAGUCGGAAAGACAACCGGACAUAGAGGUCUGGUAAUUAAUGCGAGUGAAAUUCGUUGGCCUGGUAAGGAGCCUGGAGUCCCUUUUUCGGAAUGCUGGGAACGCUGUCCUUCGGGCUCAUACACCGAAAACUAUUCUGGUGUUUGCUGGUGGAGAUGCCAUAAGUGCCCUUAUGGGACAUACAAUAGUAACUCCACCUCGACCUUGUGUAGUGCGUGCCCAAAGGAGCAAAUGACAAACGGACUUCAAAGCGCAUGCGUGGACAAGCCGCUGAUAAUUAUUAAAGCUGGAGAAUUUCUUGCAGUUAUAUUUCUGUCAGCGUGUGGCCUGGGAGAGAUGUUAACUUUGUUGGUACUUGGUGUAUUUGUGCGGUACCAUGUGACACCUGUGGUGAAAGCAGCUAAUCUCACUCUUAGCCUGUUGUCUUUGAUCGUUCUCCUCGCCUGGUUUCUAAUACCUGGUCUUUAUAUUGGUCAACCAACCAAUGUCACAUGCAAUCUAAGAGCUGUCGUCUUUGCUGUUUUGUACACAGCUAUUACGUCGGUUCUUUUAACCAAGACAAAUCGCGUCAUCAAAAUAUUUUCCGCCAUUAAUGUCAAGAAGCAUCGUUUUCUCAGUAAUUACUGGUACGGGUUUCUGACAUGCGCGUUAAUCAUAGUACAGCUCGGGAUAUGCGCUUUACACCUUCUUAUUUUCCCGCCAAAACUCGUUUACGACUACAGCGUUUCAGAUGCUCUUCUCGUACAAUGUAACGCGAAUCUGGGUUUCGACGUCACUGCGCUUGGAUAUAACAUUUUCUUGUCGCUAACGUGUUGUGUUUUAGCGUACCAGUCUCGUAAACUUCCCUCAGCAUACACCGAAUUCAAAUGGAUUUUUCUUGCGAUGUUUACAAACAUUUCAUCAUGGCUAAUCAUUCUGAUAAACAGACAUGCUUGGCCCUCUACCAAGGGAAACCUUAUUUGCACAAUUAUGGCUUUGAUGGUGGGCGCAUAUGCAAUGCUUUUUCUUUUGUUUCUUCCUAAAGUUCGCGUUAUAUUCUUCCGACCUGAGAAAAACACGAAGCAAGCUGCUAUAGAAAGUACAAGGCGUUAUUCACUAGAGCAGGCCAGCGGUAUUGACCUAUCGCCGGUUCAAGGAUCGGAUCAACGGCGUAACUCCUCCCCGGCGUGCUUAGCGAUGCAAUUUAUGAAGGGCUCUAUUGGGAAAUUACCAGUGAUGAAGAACAAUCUGGGGUCAAGACGAUCCCAGAGUUCCAAGAUUACGACGAUAAACGAAUGUUCAGAAGAAAGAAAAACAAGCAUUUGAGCUCGUUUAACCACGGUCAAAACUCCUUAGAAAACAUAGUACUAGGUUUCUGCCAAUAGGGUAUAGGAAUUCGUCCACAGAUUUAAAGGGGCUAUGUCGCCAUGAUAUUGCCGUUUAGUUGACCGCUACCCCUCCCCUUAGUCCACAUUGAUACUUACUUCUCACUUAAGGCAAAAUUGUGAUUUAGGGGAGGGGUUGGUGGUCAGUUACCCAGAAACCUUAAUUGAUCCAGUCUUUUUAAUAAAUUGUGCGUACAUAUGCACGGGAAUAAGGCGAAAUUUGAAUGUAACAGUUCUCUAGAGUAUUAUCACAUGACCUAUUGGGAAAACAAAACAUACAAGCUAAUGAGGUCUAUUGUGCACUUGGACAGCCAUAACUACACAUUUUCAAAGAUUGUAACGGCCUAGCUUUGUUCGGUUUAGCCUUAGUUUUUACCACGCUUUCUCGUCCUAUUCAGUAAAAACGCGUGGAUGUAAAGCAUGGCUGUAACAUUUGAAGAAGAGAAAACCAAAAGCGUCUUGAAAACGCAUUUAUAUGGAGGAUGCGGGAACCUUACUGUUGCUUUGGUAUAUAAAGUAGCAAGGUCAGUUAAAAAGCGAGUAAAACCCGUCUAGUUUCAAGUUUUUGAAAUUUUGUUGAAUGGAGAUUUGACUAACCUUGAAUUUAAAGGAAUGUAUAUACGAUGGCAACAACACUAUACAUUUUUUCAAGGUUAGAAUCCUUUUUCGCAGUUUAGCUAAAACAAUGAGUCAGCAGCGCUAGCAAAGACUUUGACCCGACCGGAACUCAGUUCAACAACUGUUUUGUCGUAGGAAUUUGAAUCAAAUUGACUUAAAAUCUUUAGUAUAAAUUAACUCAUUUCGAGGUUGUAUGGGCCUUAUUUGCCGUUUUUGGUAAAUAUUAAGCUAAAAAUUUUGAUAACCAAUUUAAAACAAGGCAACAUUUCGAUCCAUUCAACCUGAUAGGAAGAUAGACAACUUGCUGGCAAACCAUCUAUCAUUAUUGUAAAAUAACUAAUUUAUUGAAUAAAAUGGAUGUUAUCUUUUCGGUG